AUGGACAAGAUAAUUGAAAGUAUUGACAAUAGUUCAUGGGGAUAUCAAAUUGGCGACAAUAACAUCAAAAUUAUAUGCUAUGCAGAUGACGCAGUAUUACUUGCAGAAAAUGAAGAUAAUCUGCAAAGAUUAUUGUAUCGAGUGACAAAAACUGCAGAAAGAUACAACAUGGAGAUAUCUACAGAAAAAACCAAAUCCAUGACUGUAUCCAAAGAUCCGGUACGUUGCAAACUAUCCAUCAACAAUCACAUUAUUGAGCAAGUGCUCAAUUUCAAGUAUUUGGGUGUGAACAUUACUACCUCUCGAGAUAAUGAAAGUGAAACGUGUGCUCAAGCAGGAAAAGCCGCAGCCAUAUCUGGUUAUCUACGCGACGUCAUAUGGAAAAAUAAAUAUAUGCUUAUAGAAAACAAAGUCCGCAUAUAUAAAACCUGUAUUCGACCCAUAUUAACAUACGCCGUUGAGACUAGAGCAGAUACAUCCAAAACCAAACAAAGAUUGCGAACCACAGAAAUGCAAACUCUGAGGCAAAUCUGUAACUACAGCCUAAGAGACAAAAAACGCAGCAGCGAUAUCCGCAAUAUGUGUGGUGUACAGGAUAUCGUCAGAUGGACCCGCUCUAGACAAAGAAACUGGAGAGAUCACGUGCACAGAAUGAAUGAAAAUCGUCUGGCGAAAAUUGAAAAUGACUGGUCAACCAACAUCAAAACGACCAACAGGAAGACCGUCGAAGCGACGGAGGGAGUGUUGGAUAUCACAAUCACAAGAUCAGACAGAAAGGGGUUAAUUGGAAAAACAGGCAAUAUUGCCUAA